CCGAAGAGGAACGCUUCCCUCUUCUCUUCGACAACCAGCCAUUGAACGCCAGAGCUUCGCCAUGUCAGCGCUACGGAUACUGGUGCCCGUCAAACGGGUUAUUGACUAUGCGGUUAAGCCGCGCGUCAACAAGACGCAAACCGGCGUCGAGACGGCCGGCGUCAAGCACAGCAUGAACCCCUUCGACGAGCUCUCGGUCGAGGAGAGCGUGCGGAUCCGCGAGAAGAAGAGGGCGCCCGGCGGCGUCGAAGACAUCUGCGUCUUCAACGCCGGCCCCCCCAAGGCCCAGGACGUCCUGCGCACUGCCAUGGCGAUGGGCGCCGAUCGUGCCAUCCACGUCGAGGUGAAGGAGGGCGAGGACCUCGAGCCCCUAACCGUCGCCAAGCUCCUCAAGGCGGCGGCCGAGCAGCAGAAGAGCAACCUCGUCAUCCUCGGCAAGCAGAGCAUCGACGACGAUGCCAACCAGACCGGCCAGAUGCUGGCGGGCCUGCUGGGGUGGCCGCAGGCCACGCAGGCGAGCAAGGUCGAGUUCGGCGACGGCGACACGGUCAGCGUCACGCGCGAGGUGGACGGCGGUGUCGAGACGGUGCGCGCGAAACUGCCCAUGGUCAUCACGACCGACCUCCGCCUGAACGAGCCGCGGUAUGCGAGCUUGCCGAAUAUCAUGAAGGCCAAGAAGAAGCCGCUGGAGAAGAAGACGCUGGCCGACUUUGGCAUCACGGCGGAGAAGAGGCUCAAGGUGCUCAAGGUGACAGAACCACCCGCCAGGCAAGGCGGCGGCAAGGUUGAGGAUGUGGAUGGUCUCAUUUCCAAGCUCAAGGAGCUCGGCGCUGUCUAGAGAGAAAUUGUGUACAAGUUUGAAUCGACUCUCUCUUGCGCAAUUUUCAUUAGGGUCAAUGCCAUGCUGUGCGAUGAAGAGCGCAGACGUGCUGCACGUGCUUGGCUUGCACACGGAUCCAGUCUGCGAGCCCGGAUCCGUGGGCUGACGGAUAGAGAGGCUCCAUAGCAGCAAGCAUUGAAAUUUGAUUACCAUCGUUCGUUGUCGUCAUCAUCGUCAUCAUCACAACACCGCAAUUUGUUUCGCCUGGAACGUUCUAGGUCCGAGUUGCUGCUCUCGAUCUUACCCAAAGACAGCAUCAAUCUCGGGGAUUCAAGCGGAAGGAAAAGCAAAAAAAAGAGACAACCA